UUCGUCUACUUGUAACCAACAAUUAUAGUCGAUGACGAUUUAUUUACUUCGUAAUUAAAUUCAAACAUGGCGAAGCAUCACCCGGAUUUAAUAUUUUGCCGAAAACAACCCGGUGUUGCCAUUGGCAGACUUUGUGAAAAAUGUGAUGGGAAGUGUGUUAUCUGUGACUCGUAUGUGCGCCCUUCUACGCUGGUGCGUAUCUGUGACGAAUGCAACUACGGCUCGUACCAAGGUCGCUGCGUCAUCUGUGGAGGACCAGGCGUGUCAGAUGCAUACUACUGUAAAGAGUGCACCAUCAUGGAGAAAGAUAGAGAUGGGUGUCCAAAAAUUGUGAAUCUUGGUAGUGCAAAAACAGACUUGUUCUAUGAAAGAAAGAAGUAUGGAUUCAAGAAAAGAUGAACGGAUGCACAAACCUCACAGUUUGACUGGAGCACAAACGAUUAACAUUUAGAACUGGUGGUCUUUCUUGAACAUCCUUUACCAUUUUACCAGUUGUACAUACUAUGAACCGUCUCAUUACCACACCAAAUAACAGAAGUGGUGUCUUAAAGAAGUCAUCAUACCAUUUAGCAUAUGCCUCACUUCACAUCAUUUUGUUCCAGAUUUUAAAUAAUAUGUUUUACAAUUACUCUUUGAUUUAUACUGUUUUUAAGAUACACUUCAACACCGUUAUUUCGAAGUCGUCGGGACCGUUAAAAAAACUUCGGAUUAACGAUAAUUCGAAAUAAACAUUUUACAGAAGACUUCUUUGAUUCUGUAAAAAUACAACAUUAUGGAAUUCGCAUGGUUCGGUUACACGCUUACUUAAAAGCGUAAACUAGUCGGAUAACAAUAGAUUUCACUUGUAACAAACGGAGGAAUAAAACGAAUCUUUUUCUUGUUUUUAAUUUUGUCUAAUUACAGAACAUAUAAAAUAUAACGAAUAGAACAAAUUAUCAGACAUACAUAUAUAUGAAUACAUUUUCGGAAAUGAAUUAAUAUUUUUUGUAACUAAUACGCGAUGUCUCUCUUAACUCCGGCGUUCGCACAGACGACAAAGGUGUAAUUAUCGGCUUUUGACGCACCACGACAAAGGUGUGAAAAUACACUCAGUAGUUUGCAGUUUUGACUUCGGAUUAAAGAUUGAAAAUUUGGUGCGAAUUAUAGUGUUGGGACCGACUGAAUCACUUCGAAAUAACGAUUUCUUCGGUUUAACGAAGUUCGGAUUAACAAUGAAAUUUUACAUUAAACAAAGAAGACCCAAAAUCGGGACCCAAAAAAUACUUCGAAAUAACGGUGACUUCGGAUUAUCGGUGUUCGAAAUAACGGUGUUGAAGUGUAUGUAAAUCAAGUUUAUUUUGUUGAAAAUAAUACAUGUAUAUAAAAUGCAAAAAUAUGUGUCUAAAAAUUAUUUUGCAUAAUGUUUGGUUCCAAUAAAUAUUUUAUUAAGAUUUUUAACCAGGUUUUCCGAAGGAAAAAACUGGUUAUUAGAUUGGCGAAUGUCGGCGGGUGGGCUGGCGGGCGGGUGGAACAAGCUUGUCUGGGCCAUAACUUUGUCAUUCAUUGUGAGAUUUUAAAAUCAUUGGGCACAUUUGUUCACCAUCAUUAGACGGUGUGUCGCGUGAAAUAAUUACUUCGAUAUCUCCAAGGUCAAGGUCACACUUUGAGUUCAAAGGUCAAAAAUGGCCAUUAAUGAGCUUGUCCGAGCCAUAACUAUGUCAUUCAUUGUGAGAUUUUAAAAUCAUUUGACACAUUUGUUCACCAUCAUUGGACGUUGUGUCACACAAAAGAAUUACGUCAAUAUCUUCACGGUCAAGGUCGCCACGACUAAAAAUAGAUUUAUUUUCAAACAAGGGGGGUAACUUUGAACAAUCAGUUUAAUUUGAGUUGUCUCCCUUUAUCAUAUUUUUUUUUUUCAAAUUGAAAACCUGGUUUUGUGACAAUUUUGUCCCUUGUUCAGUUAUGUAUCAGAAUAAUGCUACAAAUAUAUAGUAUUGAAACAA